GGGGAGGCGGAGUGGGCCUGUCGCUCAGCGCCGGCGGGAGAUGCGAAGGGGCUGAGCGGGAAGGCGGCGGCGCUCCCUCGGCUCUGCCUCACCGCCCGGCUCUCCUUCCUCCUCCGGCCUCCUCAGCUCCCCGCGCCCGGCUCUGCCUCCAGCCCUCCCUCCCGAGGAUUCCCUGCGCCAUGUCCUUCCGCCACAGGAGCCCGCACGGCAGCACCAAGAGCAGCCCGCAGCACCCCCCGCGCUGGGCCCAGGCGCGGAAACGCGGCGCCGAUGGGAAGCGGCGGAGGCAGAACGAGCCCGAGUCCUCCGUGUUUGAGGAGAACAAGGCCAGGCCUGAGGACAGCCGGCUGGACAGUUUUACAACACCAGAAGGUCCUGGACCCCUUCCCAGGUGUUUAGACUGGGGAACUGCAGUGGAAGAAGAUGAAAUGAGGACCAAUGUUCACAAAGAAAUUGCAAGACACAGAAGAAAACUCCUGAUAAAUGAAUUUUCAAGAGAAAGGAAGUCCUCCUCAGGAAGUUCUGAUUCAAAGGAGUCCACGGUGGCAGUAGAACUCGAGACAGAUGAGGUGGUUUUGAUGAGACGACAAAAACAGAUAAACUAUGGAAAAAACACAAUUGCAUAUGAUAGAUACAUUAAAGAAGUUCCUAGAUGCCAUCGUAUCCCAGGAGUUCAUCCCAGAACUCCAAACAAAUUUAAGAAGUACAGCCGUAGGUCGUGGGACCAGCAGAUCAAACUGUGGAAGGUUGCACUGCAUUCCUGGGAUCCUCCAACUGAAGGAGGGUGUGAUCUGCAGGAAAUUUGUCCUGUUGACCUUGGUGAGAUGGAGACAGAAUCUGUUGGAAGCAAUUCUACUGAAUCUCAAACGAGCUGUCAAGAUAAUGAUGAUACCUGUUCUGGCACUCCCACCAAAGUUAGACAUGUUGACUAUCAAGCAGAAGGAGAAUUUGACUUGGAAGUGUGUUUGAGUGAGCCACUGAAAGAAUUUGAUACUGUGAGUUAAAUAGUCCUGUGCAACCUGUUUUAGAGAGAGUUUCUUUUAAAUUUGAGAGGUUAGCUUGAUCCAUAACCUGUUCAUAGUAAGAAAGCUUAAGCAAAGUUGAAGACUGUUCUCAAAACUGUGAUUGGUCUAGGUAUUCUCCAGACCAAACUUAUGUAAAAUUGCAAUUAAGUUGUGUGACUUCUUGUUAACUUUUAAUUUAUGUAUAUCAGAUUUUUUUAUAAAACUUCUCAAUAGUAAAACUAGCCAAUGGCAGUGCUAUCCUCUAGUAAUUAUAAAUAGCACAGCAAGAUCUUACCAAUUUCCCCCACUCCCUCCCCUACUCUGAACAUGAUUUUAGUUGUCCACCUGUAGAUCAAGAGCCAGUUUGGGGGAUUUUUUUUUUAAUGUUUCCUUGUUUUUACAAAUGGCUCUUGUAACACACCUGACCUGACCUGGAGUAUGGCACGUGGUGCUGUGCAUGUGGCUGAUUAGUACUAGUAAGCCCAUCUGCUGCAGUCACUGUAAGUUUAACUACCUUACCUUAAAAAAACCACUUUUUUUGCAAAAAUUUUUCAGAAACAAUUGGAGGUUUAAUACCAUCAAGAAAUUGAAAGUCAACAUGGCAAAGUCUAUGCAAUAAUGUUGGGGUUUUUUUUAGAAGUAGUAGCCUUAACUUGAAAUUUGUAAAUAGUCAUCAGUCAUUUAUUAAUGCAGUCAAGAAAACAAUGUCUAGGGAAAGUGCUUGAUUCUUUCAGUUUUCUGGUUUUAAAUGUAAAACUGUUGUAAAUGUUGCCAACUGUACAGAUUUUCUGCUGAGAGCAGUUCGUGUUUCUACUGCUUUUGCGUGGGAUGUUGCUGGAAAAUAAACAGAACUGCCUUUACUCUUA